AUGGACCUCUUCAUUGACCUCGUUACCCCUAACGGGCACAGCUACAAGCAGCCCACCGGUCUCUUUAUCAACAAUGAGAUUGUAUCCGCUACAGGAGGCCAGACCAUCACAUCUCUUGACCCCGCUACCGAUAACCCCAUUGCUACUGUCCAAGCAGCGAGCGCCGAAGAUGUCGACCGCGCCGUGAGAGCGGCCAAAGCGGCCCUGGUCCACCCGUCGUGGAAAUUACUUCCCGCGGCAGAGCGGGGCCAGUUAAUAGCCCGACUCGCUGAUCUUAUCGAGGAGAACAGAGAGUUAUUCGCUUCAAUUGAGGCUUGGGAUAAUGGCAGUGGCUGGGCCGAUAAGACCUCCGGCCAAACCAUCACCACAACUCCCCAAAAGUUCGCUUACACCAUCCGCCAGCCCAUCGGUGUAGUGGGCCAGAUCAUUCCAUGGAACUACCCUCUUUCAAUGGCCACCUGGAAGCUUGGCCCUGCACUAGCAUGUGGAAACACAGUUGUCCUAAAACCGGCCGAACAGACCCCUCUCAGCGCUCUCUUUCUUGGUACUUUGAUCAAGAAGGCCGGAUUCCCUCCCGGGGUGGUGAAUAUCGUCAAUGGCUACGGGCGCGAGGCCGGCGCCGCGCUCGCUUCACACCCAUUGGUCGAUAAGGUCGCAUUUACAGGAUCAACUGUAACUGCCCGGGAAAUCAUGAAGAUGGCCGCCGGCACACUCAAGAACAUCACGCUCGAAACAGGCGGCAAGUCCCCUUUGCUGGUUUUCCCGGAUGCGGAUCUGGACCAGGCCGUCAAGUGGUCGCACGGCGGUAUUAUGUCCAACAAAGGCGAGAUCUGUACCGCCACCUCGCGGAUCUUUGUCCACCGCGAUCUCCUCGAGAAAUUCACGGCUAGGUACAAGGCGGCCGUGGAGGCCGUGAAGAUCGGCGACCAGUGGGACGAGACGGUGUCCCACGGGCCGCAGGUGACACGCGCGCAAUCUGAACGGAUCCUCUCCUACAUUGAGAUUGCCAAGAGCGAAGGAGCUACGAUUCUUACUGGUGGUGCUGCGCACACGCCAACGGACGAGAAGAAUCAGAAUGGAUACUUUAUUCAACCUACUGUUAUCGUCAAUGCAACAGACUCUAUGCGCAUUGCCCGGGAAGAAGUGUUUGGUCCCGUCGUGGUGAUUUUCCCCUUCGAUGAUGAGGAAGAAGCCAUUCGUCGGGCCAAUGAUACCACUUACGGCCUAGGUGCGUCUGUCUUCACGCGGGAUUUGGAGCGCGCUCACCGUGUGGCUGCUGAGAUUGAGUCUGGUAUGGUCUGGAUUAAUAGCAGUCAAGAUUGUGAUCCGCGCAUUCCUUUCGGCGGCGUGAAGCAGAGUGGCAUUGGACGCGAGUUGGGAGAGGCUGGUCUGGAGGCAUAUAGCCAGACUAAGGCGGUUCAUGUGAACAUGGGUGCCAAGCUAUGA